AAAUUCCGUAAGCCUUGGCAUUGAAAAUUCAUUCUCGAUUUAUUUCUCCUUGGACUUGGACCAGUUUCUUCAAACUCACCCCGGAUCCGGUGUGGCCCGUUUCGGUGUGGUGUGUCUGUGCUUCGCCUGUGCUUCCCAUUCGACGCUAGUGCUUUGACGGCGCGCGAGUGCAAAGCCCGCUGCUGGUGUGCCAGUGCAUGUGCGUGAAAGCCGAUAGAUGUGACACACACUGACAGAAAUAAAAUUCAAAACUAAACUAAAGACAAACCAAAACUCCCAUCGUGUGCAUCUCGCGGGUGAAACAGACCGCGUACGGUUAUAAAAAGCAAAACAAAAACAGAAAAAAACGGAAAACACAAGUACGAAACAGUGCAGUAAAGUGAAACAGUGCAACAUUCUUGCAGCCGCUGACAUUUCGGAACGGUACUUUUGUGAACUAAUCGUGCAACGAUGUGGAAACUGGUGACGCUGUUGGCGGUGCUGUUCGCGUUCGAGGCCAGUUUUGCAAAAGAAUCCAUUCCUUCGCUGAUCGAUACAGACACACACGGUGCGGAUGGUUCCUCCAGCAGACAGAGUAAGGCCGUAUCGACUCACUGUCCCCGUUCCUGCCCGGUACAGAGCUCGCCGCAAGAGCCGGUCUGCGGUAGCGAUGGUCUGAUCUACGCGAAUCAGUGCGAAAUGAAGAAGAAAACGUGUACGAAGGCGGCUCCAAAUGCGGUCACCGAGGACAAGGCCGGCUGUGAACGAUCCAAGGGAUCACCGUGUAAUCAUCGCUGCCCGACCGAGAAGGAUCUGGUGUGUGGAACGGAUGGCCGAACCUAUCUGAACCGGUGUAUGCUGCGUGUCCAGGCCUGUCGCGUUGGUACGGCGGCUGUUUCGCUAGCCCAUGUUGGUCCGUGUGCAAACGGCAGCGUGAUUCGUGAAUCUUGCCCGGUUGAUUGCAAUAGUGCCCCACAGGAUGGUCCCGUGUGUGCAUCGGACGGUAACGUGUACAACUCGACCUGCCAGAUGAAGUUGAUCACCUGCGGACAGGGUGUGGUCCGAACAAGCCGCAAACACUGUCAAAGCACACGGAAUUGUCGUGAAUCGUGUUGGCGUGUAGCACGUCCGACCUGUGGCUCCGAUGGUCGACUGUACGCUAGCGCUUGUAAGAUGCGUGCGUCCAACUGUGGCAAGCACGUGUUCGAGGUACCGAUUUCGUACUGUAUGUCACAGGAGCGUGCAGGCGGUAGUUCGCACAGUGCCAGCAACAAGAUCGAAGACUGCCCCACCGAAUGUCCGAAGGAUGCGCAACAGAUGAUCUGUGGCAGCGAUGGCAACAUAUAUACCUCUAUGUGCGAACUGAAGAUGCUUAACUGCGGACAAAAGAAAAAGAUUCAGGCACUUACACUCGACCGUUGCAAGCAGAAGAUGAACCGUUGUAAAUCACUGCCGGCCUGCAAACAGCACUCCAAGAAUGGAGCUUCUUUCUUCGGCGACCAAAAGGACAUGCUGUGCGGUACAGACUCGAAAACGUACAACAACGAGUGUGAACUGGCCCGAGCAACCUGUCUUCGUGGAGUACAGUUGGCUCAUAUCGGACCCUGCACGCAGCUGAAAUCAAAGGUAGAUGUGACUGACUGCAGUAGCUGUACGUACGAUGAGGAACAGAAUGGUCCACUUUGCGGUUCGGACGGAAAUACCUACAAGUCGCGCUGUGAGAUGAAGCAGAAGACGUGCGGCCUGCGAGUAGUUCCAGUGUCACUGAAGAACUGUGCCACCACGGCACUGUGCGAGGCAAACUGCGAACAGCAACCGACCAACUACGUGUGCGGCUCCGACAAUAAGCUGUACCCCAACGAGUGCCACAUGCGACGGGAGAACUGUGGACGCCAUAUGUUCCUGGUGCCGAUGAAGCGUUGCCUAGCCGCGUUCACGUUCAAGGGUUGCUCCAAGAUCUGUCCACAGGAGUUCGAACCAGUGUGCGGUACUGAUGGCAAGACUUACUCGAACGAAUGUUUCCUAAGCAUCGAAAACUGCCGAUCGCGAUCGAUGGUACAGAAAAAGCACGUCGGCCCAUGUGGACGACCCGAGGAACCCUCGCACAACUAUCUCUACUAAGGAUGGACAACGCCAACCAUAGGAUCAACCGUUUCCCAAACUCUAUCCUCUAUCUGCCACUGCCAACAAUCGUCAUAUGUUUUUUUUUCUGAAGAACUCUAUCCACGUGGAGAAACUCUCGACCAUGCUGCUUCUUUAUUUCACAGCAUUAGUUUGUAAGGAUAAACCCUACGUAGAAUUAGAGUAACGAAAGAAAUCCUCCCUAACCUCCGUUCCCUUCCUGCUCCCACAUGUAGCAUGUAAUUUGUAGUUAAGUUAACUUAAAUCGGAACGAAAACACAUACAAACAAAAACGGCACACGUGUAACUUUCGCGCUUGCAGAGGAGAUCUAUUUGGGGAUCUUUCAAUGUAUCGCAUCCCUGCCACGACGUAUCUGAAAGACUAAGCCACGACAAGCCUUUUAGGCAAACUAGGUAGAGUUGCCACCAUUUUUGUAGAAUUUUUAUAUUCCAAGCCCACCUCAAAGUAACAUUUAAAUUCACUACUCUCGCGUAUCAGAACUCAUUCCACUGGACAACCUUUUUCUAUAAACUCCCGUACGGUUGCAGGAUAGCGAUGUCAUAUUCAUACUGAAAGACCCUCCGAAAAAAACAACGUCAUCAUCUACUCCCAUAUCCUUGUCUACGGUCACGUGAUUUUAAUGAAGGAUUAAUUUAGCGCAAGAAAAAGUAUUCGUUUGUGUAAUUUAUUUAACAAUUUAAGUAAAACGGAGGAUCCAUCAAACUGGUAGCCUCUUUAGUAGUGCUUGCGUGGGCGCUAAUUUAUUAUUCCAACUACUGCAGUAGUAGCAAACAUAUCGGCAAACCGUGAGCUCAGCCAAGAAGAUUACACUAGUGAGGUUAGCAGUGGAACGAACGUCAAGUCAGCGCCCAUCAUGAGCGGUUCGGCGCUUUAUGGUAGGAUAUUUCGACAAAAUGUGUUUUGUUUUUUGCCAAUAAAGAGAAAUGAAAAUUGGACGUUUAA